AUGGAAGAAGUUCUUAAAAGCCUGGUUCAAGCCUCUGGGAGAAUGGAAAGAGAAGAAGCUUCUCUGCCUGGAACUGCCUGGAAUGCGUAUUUAAGCAAUUUCAGUCAUGGGACCACAGCGGGCAGCCACUGGUCAAACACAACGUCGGGAGUGACAGCAACAACCACAGACACGUGGCUGGAUGCUGCCAAUUUGAGUGAGUACCCGUACGAGUACCUGGAUGAGGAGGAUUAUGGGCUCUAUGGCCUCUGCACCAAGGAGGAGGUCCUGUCCUUCAGCAGGGUGUUCUUGCCAUCAUUUUACACCGCGAUCUUCCUGGUUGGAAUGGCUGGGAAUGCCCUACUGUUUACUGUCCUCCUCAUGCACAUCAAGAAGAAAAAGAAGAUGACUGAGCUGUAUCUGAUGAACCUGGUGGUUUCAGACUUCUUCCUGCUACUGACCCUUCCUUUCUGGGCUCUGCACAUUUCUCAGUGGGUCACCUGGGACAUCUUGUGCCCAUUCUUAAGUGCCAUGUACACUCUGAACUUCUACAGUAGCAUCUUCUUUGUGAGCUGCAUGAGCCUGGACAUGUAUCUGCAGAUAGUUCAUGCUUGGUCUCCUCACAGCUCCAAGGUGUGGAGGAAUUCCAUCCUCAUCUUGUUGGUGAUGUGGAUACUUUCCAUAGCUCUCUCCAUUCCUGAUGGCCUCUUCACCAGCACAAGGCAAACUCGCAACAAAACCAUAAUGUGCACCCAGGAUUAUGGCCAGGAACAUUUAUUUUGGAAAGUUGUCUUUCGGGUGACUCAAAACAUCCUGGGAUUCCUUUUCCCCUUCCUCUUCAUGACGUUCUGCUACUCCCGCAUCGCGUGUGUGCUCAACACCUCACAGAUACCUGGCUUCAGGAGAGCUCUCUGCUUGGUCCUUACUCUGGUGGGAGUCUUCUUUGUGCUGUGGUGUCCUUACAACGUUGUGCUCAUCCUCCACUCCCUGCAAGAUGUCGGUGUGAUCAGGAGCUGUGAAAGCAGUAGGAAACUGGACUAUGCCCUGCAGAUCACCGAGAGCUUGUCCUUUGUCCACUGCUGUCUCAACCCCUUGCUCUAUGCUUUUGUGAAGAAACGGUUCAGGGCAUAUUUGUGGAAGAUCCCUCAGGCCAUUUUCAGGAGAGGAGCCUUCUUUUCCAUUCAGGACUCCCAGACAAGCCUGUCUUGCAGCAGACAUGCAGCUGAGAUAGAAAUGUUGAGCAUCACAAAUGCAUCAUAAAUAUUUACAUUAUGUGUGAGCCCUCUGUCCUGCCUGUGAUGGAGUUGGUGUGAGCCCAC